AUGUCGUGGGUAUUCAAGCAAUCCCUCUGGGCACUGCUAGGUGGUAUUGCUCUGAUUCUCCUAGCUCAUGCCCAGGAUCAAUCAGGCUUCAUAAGUAUAGAUUGUGGUCUAGAGCAAAGUCCCGGCUACACAGAAAGAAUUACCGGCAUUUACUACAUUUCAGACUCCCCUCUAACAGAUACAGGAGACAGCAAGUCCAUAUCGCUCGAUUACAGAGAUCAAUAUACACGGCCCUUCUGGUUCCUUAGGAGCUUUCCCCAAGGAACCAGAAACUGCUACAGCAUACGCCUUACGGGCGGCGAUAAAUAUUUGAUCCGAGCAAGCUUCGUUUAUGGAAAUUACGAUAGCCAGGAACGUAAUUUACCAGAAUUUGAACUACAUCUUGGAGCUACUUUGUGGGAUUCAGUGGCGUUUUCGAAUGCGUCCAGCAUCACAAUCAAGGAGCUCUUGCAUACCCCUGCGCAAAACCAUAUACAUAUUUGUUUGGUCAACAUCGGCACUGGGGUUCCGUUUAUAUCAGCAAUCGAACUCAGGCCUUUACCCACUGCGUCUUAUCCAACACAGUUGCCCAAACAGUCCUUGGCACUUCUGUUGCGCUAUGACGUUGGUCAAACAGCUAAUACAGCUGGAUACAGGUAUCCCAACGAUAUUUAUGAUCGCCUAUGGUAUUCCUAUCCCCGCGAUGAUUGGGCACAAUUAAGUACUCUAUCCAUCAUAAACAACGAUCAAAACACAUACCAACUACCAUCUGAUGUCAUGCGUACUGCUGCCACGCCAAAACAUAUUUCGAGCCAAUUCUUGAAUAUUUCCUGGGUGCCUGCUGAUAAAUAUGCGGAAUAUUAUACUUACAUUCACUUUGCAGAAGUUGCAAAGCUCCAAGCCAGCCAGAUCAGAGAGAUCUCUAUUACCAUAAAUGGAGAGCUCACUUCGGACCCAUUUGUUCCUCGUUACCUGUACACAAAUACUAUUAACAGCACCCUGGCUUUCAGAGGAGGAGGAGGAGCACAAUCCUAUAAUUUUUCCAUCUUUACGUCUGAAGACUCUUUCCUCCUACCUAUCCUCAAUGCGUUCGAGAUUUAUAUGGUAAAAGAAUUCUUAGAAUCAGAAACAAACCAAAAAGAUUUUGACGCAAUCGCAAACAUCAAGUCAACUUAUAUAAUUAUUAAGAACUGGCAAGGAGAUCCGUGUGCCAAGGAUUACUUGUGGGAAGGUGUCACUUGUACUGCUAGUGCUCAUGAAAAUGAGUCCCGAUACAUCAAAUCCUUAAACUUGGAGAACAACAAGCUCACAGGCUCAGUUCCAGUGAGACUCAGUGACAGAAGCAAGAAUGGUUUGCUUCUAUUAAGUUUGUGCGGAAAUCCAAAUCUAUCCGGACAGGUUUCUUGCAAUAAGAAGAAGAAGAAGCACAAUCUCGGUGUUUCAGUAGGAGUCCCCGUUGGAAUUUCAAUCGGCAUAUUAUUAGUUGUAGCAGCUGCAGCUAUUUGGUGGCACUCCUUUAAAACCAAAGGAGAAAAAGCUAACACAAUGCCAGAGGAGCAAGAAGUUGGCCAUACUGAUACUAAGCCCACCCUUUUGAAGCCCCCUUCUGACCCCCGUCGGGGUCAACACUUCACUAAAGUUGAGAUCACGAAUAUCACCAGUAAUUAUACAUCGCUGCUUGGAGAAGGCGCAUUCGGAAAAGUCUACCGUGGCACGCUGGAAAAUAAGGUUGAAGUUGCUGUAAAAAUACUCUCGCCUAGAUCAAGUCAAGGCUUAGAAGAAUUUAAUAACGAGGUUGCGCUUUUGAUGAGUGUUGCUGAUCAUAAAAACGUGGUUUCCCUAAUUGGGUACUGUGAUGACGUUGACUGUAUGGCACUUGUUUAUGCGUUCGUGGCCUAUGGAAAUUUGAAACAGCAUUUAUCAGCUGUACUUUCCGCUUCACCACCUGCAUCAAGCCCGCAGUCACCGGACCACCGCUACAUAUCAUCAGCUCCAUUGCUUGUACGGUCCCAUCGCUCUGACUCAGAGCUCUCACCUUCGCCAUCUGCAUCACUUGCACCACCGCCUCACACCGGCGCCACAUUGUUUCACACAGCACAUUCACAUGGCCCCAAAUCAGAUAUUAUUAUAAGAGUUUUGACUUGGAAGGAGAGACUCGGUAUUGCUCUAGAUGCCGCACGAGGACUGAAUUACCUGCAUUCUCACCGCAAUAUGCCGAUAGUUCACAGAGAUAUAAAGCCAGCCAACAUUUUGUUAGACAAAAGAUUGCAAGCCAAGAUAGGUGAUUUUGGCAUUUCUAGAGCUUUUGCAACUGAAAGUAUCACUCACGUAUCAACUUUGUCCAAAGGAACACUUGGAUACCUUGAUCCCGAAUAUCACAACACAAAACGGCUCAACAAAAAAAGUGAUGUAUAUAGCUUUGGAAUUGUCUUGCUAGAGCUAAUAACCGGUAGAAGAGCCAUUAACACUGAAGUAGUACAACCUGGAAGACCAGAAGGAAAGUACAAGAUGGAUUCUGUUAGGAAAGCUAUACAAACUGCCAUGGCUUGUGUGCCUCUAACCGGAGCCGAAAGGCCAGACGUAGAUGUUGUCUAUAAGGAUUUAGAGCAAUGCUUGAAAAUGGAGUCGGCUCCUGAUCCCGAACCAAGGACUACAGCGAGCGAUGAUAUUACAUUUCCAACGAACAGGUGCAUGAUAUCAUAA